CUGUUACAUACAGUACAGUCUCCUUAGCUCCCGAUCUGGAGGCGAAACGCAGAGUCCGAGUGAAAAACUGUGUGUCUUGUUCCGUCGUCUCUCUCCGAUCUAUUCAUCGAAUUUGGAUUUUUGUGAUUGUUUUCUCCUAUAAUUUCUGAAAAAUUCUGGAGGUUUUUGUUUCAAAACAACCGAUGCCCUUGGCUCUGGGGGUAAAAGACAUUCAAUGGCGUCUCAACUUCAAGGGUUCCUCUCGCGCUUCAGCAGAACCAGGUACCACACGCCCUACUUACCUUCUUCUGUUUCGUUGUUUCAAUUUUCAACUCUGCAAGUUACGUCAAACCCUUUGAUGGACGAACCAACGGACAAUCAGAUCAAAAGGCCAUCAAAUUUUAACGAACGCGAUGUCCUUUAUCAACUCUCUGGUCUGUUACCAAUCUGCUGUAACACUUCAAUUUCCAAACCAUUCACAGAGAAUUCACCCAAGGAACAAUUAAAAACUAGGGCAGUUGAUGGGUUUUUAUCGCCCGGAGAGAAACUACGAGGGGUUUUUAUUCAGAGACUCAGGGGUAAAGCUGCAAUUGAGCUUGCCCUAACUAAUGUAGGAAUCGAUUUAACUAUUGAUAUUGUUUCAGAAGUAAUUAAUAGAGGGAAUUUAGGGGGUGAAGCAAUGGUUAUCUUUUUUAAUUGGGCGGUUAAACAGCCCACAAUACCUAAAGAUGUAGAUACUUACAAUGUAAUUAUUAAAGCCCUGGGGAGAAGAAAGUUCAUUGAAUUUGUAGUGAAGGUGUUGAAGGAUAUGCAUAUUCAAGGAAUAAGCCCUAAUUAUGAAACACUAUCUAUUGUGAUGGAUAGCUUUAUUAAGGCUCGCCAGGUCUCCAAAGCAAUUGAAAUGUUCAGAAAUUUAGAAGAGUUCGGAGGGAAAUGUGAUACGGAAUCUUUGAAUGUGCUUUUACAAUGUCUAUGUCAGCGAUCCCAUGUGGGUGCUGCAAAUUUGUUCUUUAAUGCAAUGAAGGGUGGGAUACCAUUUAACUGUAUGACAUACAAUAUUAUUAUUGGUGGGUGGUCAAAAUAUGGAAAAAUUGGUGAAAUGGAGAGGUGUUUGAAAGCAAUGGUAGCAGACGGGUUUAGUCCCAAUUGUUUGACUUUCAGUCACCUUAUUGAAGGUUUGGGAAGAGCUGGUAGGAUUGAUGACGCAGUUGAGGUUUUUCAUCAUAUGGAAGAGACAGGCUGUGUGCCCAAUGCUUGUGUUUACAAUGCAUUGAUUUCUAAUUUUAUUUCUACCAGAGAUUUUGAUGAAUGUUUGAAAUAUUAUAAUUUUAUGGUGAGUAGCAACUGUGACCCAAAUAUGGAUACUUAUACCAAAUUGAUCGUCGCUUUUCUUAAAGCCCGAAAAGUGGCAGAUGCACUUGAAAUGCUUGAUGAGAUGGUAGGUCGAGGAAUGAUUCCAACUACAGGUGCUAUAACCUCUUUUAUUGAACCUUUGUGUCAAUAUGGUCCACCCCAUGCUGCUAUGAUGAUUUAUAAGAAGGCAAGAAAAGUUGGAUGUAGAAUAUCUCUCAGUGCUUAUAAGCUAUUGCUCAUGCGACUUUCCAGAUUUGGCAAAUGUGGAAUGUUGUUGAAUUUGUGGGAUGAGAUGCAAGAAAGUGGUUAUUCUUCUGAUACAGAAGUUUAUGAGUAUGUCAUUAAUGGGCUCUGCAACAUAGGACAGCUUGACACUGCCGUACUUGUCAUGGAGGAGUCUUUGCAUAAGGGUUUUUGCCCAAGUAGGCUUAUUCGUAGCAAACUGAAUAACAAACUACUGGCUUCAAAUAAAGUAGAGAUGGCUUACAAGCUUUUUUUGAAGAUCAAAAUUGCUCGUCAGAAUGACAAUGCACGAAGAUUUUGGCGUGGUAAUGGGUGGCAUUUUUGAACUUUCAUUUUUAUCGACCGAUGAGUGCAAUUAUUUCAUGUGCCCAACGGCUUCACCUUUCCAAAGAAGAUUCUCAAAGGGUUCUCAGAUUGGGCAAAUAUGAGGUCCAUGCAGAUGUAGACAGUGGGUUGUCUGCUUUAGUUUCACAAUGACCAAGAUUCAGAUUGUGAACAUGAGAUAUACAUAUAUACAUGAUGGCUCUGUAGGGCCUCAUAAGAAAAUCGACUCUCACCAUAUUGUCAUUCAAAAGGGCAAGGCUUGGAUUUUCAUUGUGCACCUCUUUCUCUCUCUGUUUUCAGCAACUGCCUUCUAUCACAUCCUGGAAAAUUUCUUUACUGCUCUACUUUGCAGCAUAAUUUUGAGUGCAUUCCUUGUCAAAUCACUAUAUCAGAAGCUCAUUGUGAAAGAGUCGGUUGUGAUUUUUCCCGCAUUUGGUGUGCAACUUGAAACUCACUAUGAGAGUGGCAGGGUUUUUCGCAGAUUUAUUCCGAUCGACAAGAUUUUGAAACCUGUUCUGAAUGAGCAUGUGACCCCAUUUACUUGUUACUGGAGCCUGGCUCUAGUGGUUCGUGGGAAAGAGGAAUUGAUUUUAGCUUUUAAGGAGGUAAAGCUGCCGGUGAAAAUGUUGAUUCCCAUCUGGAAGGCACUGUGUGUUGCCACUUGUACUGAAGAAACCAUGGAUACAGAUUAGUAGCAUUUCACCUUUGGUUCUUGGCUGACUGACUCUCGAAGAACUGAACUUUGGCUUUACUCCCAUGAAUCCAGUGCUAGUUUUUCGGCUUUGCAGGCACCAUAGUUCAGUGUUGAGCAUAGUUUAGACAGGGACCCUCAUUCCUCCCCCCACUCCCUCUUUCUUUUUUCUUUUUCUUUAUUUUUUUUUUUCAUGGUUUUAGAUCGUUUUUCUUAGCUAUUUUUCAAUAUUGUUGGAUGAUGAUUUAUCCCAUUUGGGAAUAACUCUCAUCAAUGCCAUUUUAGGUUAUAGGGUUUCUGCUAGUGUCGUUUUUAUCCAAAACAUUUUUAUUGAGCAUCGGUUGUAGUGUUUUUAAAUAAGUAAAAAAAAAAAAAAAUCAUAGAACUGCCGUUGAACUGAUAAUGAAAAUUUUCUGUGGUGAUUAGAAAUUGCCAAAA